AUGUUUGGCGUCGAGCUGCUCAUCACCAUCAUCCAUUUGGCCGCCCUCGUCACAUGCUGCAGGACGAAAGUCCAGAGGAAAAAGGCCACCAACGUCCAGGACGACCACAAGGGAAGAAGAACUUCUGAUGAGAGGCCGAAGCUGGAUGAGACGCUGCCCACGCGCGAGGAUACCUUCAACAAGGUCAAGCAGUUCAACGUAUUCGAGGGACUGGAAACGAUAAAAAUGGGGAUCUACAACUAUCUUUGUAGCGCUUGCGUGGAUGUUCUGCCCCUGGCACCCGUGGCCGCGACGACGACGCGCAAAUCCGAGAGCUCGACGAGCACCCAGCCACAAACCAAGGGCCUCGCCUUCGUCGACGAGCCCCAUACUGCAAGCACCGCGAUGUCUCCGUUCCCGUGCAACGCUAUCGCCCAGCACGGGUCGUUCGCUCUCGACCACCGCUUCACCGCCCACCUGGUCCUACACCUCCGGCUUGCCGUCGUCAUCCUCAUCUGCAUCCUCGACUCGCGUUUGCGUCGAUGUGCUCGCCUGCGUCGACGAGCCCCAUACUGCAAGCACGGCGAUGUCUCCGUUCCCAACGCUGUCGCCGAGCACGGGUCGUGCUUUGUCUACCACGGCUUCAGCUCCUACCUUCUCCAACACAUCCGGCUUCUCGUCAUCAUCCUCAUCUUCAUCCUCGACCAUGCUGGUUCCCGCCGAUACGUGGGAUACGCCGGAGCAUUCGCCGCCCAAGCGCACUGCCGACAACAAGUCCAAGCGCCGUUCCACCUCUACCAGCCCUGCUGGAUCCGUCAGCGAGAAGAAGGCCCCAGUCCCGGUUGGCAACCGGGCUGGGGUUGCCCCCGAACCAUCUACCAACUCGACAAAUACGACAAGCAUCGAGCCCGG